AUGAACGCCGGGGGAAGUAAGUCACCAAUUCGGAAGGUCCAAGGAUUGAACUCCACGGAGUCUGCAUCCGAGUAUAUCCCUUCCGAUGCGCAAACGUCCACCUACCGUUCGGUAUCAACUCAAUACUUGGGGGAUAACUCCGUGAGCCCGCGAAGGCGCUUAGAAGACUAUGAUGCCGAAGGAAUCCCAAGCCGAGACCCUGUUGUCCGACUCCUUUUUCAGAAGUUCGUUCCAAGGCCCGCGGAGAAGGGCCAGGCUGUUGCCGAUUUUAUCUCCGAGCUUACCCCAGCAACAGUACAACCGGCAUCUGAGGCGAUUACCGAGACCAUCUUACCGUAUCAAACGGGCGCCGAACGCCUCGACACAUCAACUCCCGUCUGGUGUUUGCACGUCGAUGGCUCGGCAAACCAGCAAGGAUGCGGAGCGGGCUUAGGACUGACAACACCGGACGGACUCAAGAUCGAGUACGCCCUCCGAUUCGACUUCCGGACAUCCAACAAUGAAGCGGAAUACGAAGCCCUCUUGGCCGGCCUUCGGUUAGCCAAGAGCAUGAAUGCAAAGCAAAUCCGAAUUCACAGCGACUCCCAGCUCAUUGUGAACCAGGUAACGGCAGACUUCGCCGCCAAGGAUGCCUCCAUGUACGCCUACCUUUCAACCGCCCAUCAGCUACUCCGAAGUUUCCAAGCAUACGAGAUCAAACAGAUCCCCAGAGGCGAAAACAGCCAUGCCGAUGCUUUGGCAAGACUCGCUUCGGCGAUAAACGACAAAGUCGGAAGAAAGGUACCAGUGGAGAUCCUUGCCCAACCGAGCACGGUAACCUCCGAAGCGUGUGCCGUACGGUAUGAGGAUACAUGGAUGUCUCCCAUCUACUUAUACCUGACGAACGGCACCCUUCCUGAGGAUAAAGCCCAGGCCCGGAAGCUGAGAUACCGAUCAGCAAGAUACACAGUUAUCAACGAUGUACUCUACAAGCGCGGCUACACUACCCCGUAUCUCAAAUGCCUCACGGCAGAGCAAGGGGAGUACAUCCUUCGGGAGAUUCACAGCGGUGUGUGUGGCGACCAUUCCGGGUCCCGAUCUCUCGCCUACAAAGUCUUUCGGCAGGGAUACUUUUGGCCAACCAUGCAUCAGGACGCCAAUACACUGGUGAAGAGGUGUGACAAAUGCCAGCGCUUCGGUAAUGUCCCACAUAUCCCUGCCGAACCCCUCACGCCGAUUGUAAGUCCUUGGCCUUUCGCACAAUGGGGACUGGACCUGAUUGGCCCAAUGCCGCAAGGCAAGGGGCAGUUGGACAAGGCAAAAGGAGCCUGGCCGGAAAAGCUUCCCGAGGCACUGUGGGCCAUUCGAACGUCUUACCGAACGUCCACUGGGGAAACCCCUUUUUCUAUGGCCUUUGGAUCGGAAGCAGUGGUACCCGUGGAAAUCGGCGAACCUUCCUACCGAACGGAAGCCUUCGCACCGAAGGAGAACGAGGAGGCCAUGUCUCUAAGCCUUGACCUACUCGAGGAGCACCGAGCGCAGGCCAAUCUUCGGAAUGAAGCCUACAAACAGCGUGUGUCUCGGUAUUACGACUCUAGGGUCAGACCCCGCUCUUUCCGAAUCGGGGACUGGGUCAUGCGCAAGGUGUCACUUGCGACGAAGGAUACCACGGAAGGAAACCUCGGACCUUCCUGGGAAGGACCUUAUGAAGUCAUCGGUAUCCUUCGCUCGGGAACCUACAGAUUGAGAGGCUCCAACGGCAAGGCCCUCGGCCAUCCUUGGAACGUAGAACAUCUCAAGUACUACUACAAGUGA